AAAUUGUAUCCAUUCAGGUAGCAUGGCUGCAACACAGCCCAGUACGAUUGUCACAACAUUUAACAAAGGUUCAUCUUCAGUUAAAAACACCCUAACUGCUUCGGGAGUAGACGUAAAAUGGUCCAUAACUGAUUGGCUUAAUACGGAAGUUAAGUUAAGCGAUUUUGACUUGUUGGUUCUGAAGAAUUUGGUUUGUGCUGUUACAAAUGAUAUUGAUUAUGAAUCAGUUAGCACAGUGAUGGGUGAUUAUCUGUAUCAAGCGGUUCGUCCCUCCUUGAUCUUAGGUAAAAUGAAGCUACUAAAUGGUGACGACUCAGCUAGUGGUAGUACUCCUAGUAUAGGAGGGAGUAUUAAACAAAAUAAAAACAGAAAAGGUGGUCGGAAAGGUGGUGGAGCGAAUAAGGCGAAAGGAGCUAAAGGGCCUUCGAAAGCUGAUCAGAUUAGAAUACAAAAUUCAAUCGGUAGCUUAAACUCGAAAGUUGAAGGAGCUUUAUCCGCAUUUGCCGGUAAUGACGACUUCCGACGCCCGAAACUGUUUUUGGAAAAGAUCGUGGAGAUGCGGGGAAUUGGUUUUCUAUGUUGUGCAUGGUUCUUGUUGACAAAGCAGAAAAGUCAGGAAUUGACUGCCUUAACUUGCAGUAUCAUUGUGUCAUUAGAAAGAUUUAUCAAGGUAACGGAAAAACUGAAAGGGAAGUCGCAUCUUGAUUCUUUGAAAGACGACAUCGUUUCAGUUACCCUAAUAAAUGAUUUGAGAGAUAAAUUGGCGGAGCUAAAAGAGAAAUUCGAAUUCAGUGGCGAGAAACUAUACCGUACAUCUCCACAAUUGUUAAUUUUCAGUGACUUUGACGCUGUCCUCCCAGUUUCAGCAGUCAAACCUUAUCCACAUCAAUCCAAAAUAUGUAAAAUCCUAGAGGAAAACAUUGAAAAUGGAUGUUAUAUAAUGUACCGUGCUAUCACUAAUGCUGGUAAAACUACUACCAUUGCAAUGUUGGCUGCUACGGUCCAGAAGAUUAGAAAUACUCGACAUGAAAAAGACCCCCUCGCUAAGCUAACGAUCAUUUUCUGCUGUAACAUCAAGUCUGUAACAGAUACUGCUGGUCAGUGGCUGCAAAACACUACCCACAUCAGCUCAAUCCCUGAUCUCCCGUUCGCUAUAGCAUUUGAAAGGCCGGACGGGGAGUUGGUGAUUCGAAACAGUUAUUUCUGUAAAGAUAAGCCAAAUGACAGACUGGUCAUAAUCUGCUCUCCACAUAUUGCUAUGAGAGUAAUUAAAGAACGUAGCCACAUAACUCCAUUCAUCUUGUUCCACGAUGAACCAACUAUCGGAGCUGAUAAUCGGGAAAGUCGCUCCCUGGCCCAAAAUGUUGAAUUAAUGAUGUACCCACCUAGAUGGACAAUCGUGUCUUCCGCCACCCUUCCUACAGAGGUCGAACUCGACCCAUUUAUGAAGAGGUUCAAAAGAAUGAAUCCCUCGGGUCACAUCGGAAAUGUAGCUUCGACCAAAAUAAACAUUGGCUGUGACAUAUAUUCCCAUAAUGGUACCUCAUUCUUGCCCCACUUGGGUAGCGGUUCAACGGACGAACUUACCGAAUGUUUGACAAAUAUAAAGGACAACAUGUUCCUGAGCCGUUCGUACACUCCCUUGUCCGUGUCAGAGCUGUGUAACUUCGCCACGGAGUCUGAAAUACCUGGCGUACCAAAGAUUGGCGAUCACUUUUCCAAAAUAGAUAAUCUCAGUGCCGAUGCAGUGAGAUUAUUUGGGCUCAAGAUUCUGGACCAGGUAUCCAAAACUGACGACUCUACGACCAAAGAAAUAUGCUCCAAACCCAUUAAGUGCUCCGGAAGGAGUGUAGAAUUUUCUAACCUUGGCACAGCAAGUGCUUCUAAGUUUUCCCAGAUGAGUCUUAUUGCUUGUGUAAAUCCGUUAGAUUUUGCUCUGGAAGCAUUCGCUAACUUGAUUGAGGAAAUCAAUGUCUCUAAGUUGUACAAUAUUGAGAAGCUGGUAUCUCAAUAUUGGAAAGUUCAAGAGCAGUGGUCGAGCGAGAUCGAGAAGAUGAAGAAGAAGAAGCGAAAGAAAAAAACCCCAGCCUCAUCGAAAAGACGAAACUCCACUGGAGAGGUAGAAAAAGAAGAAAAAGGAGAGUAUGAGCAACAAGAGAUGGAUCUGGUUGCAAACAAACCGUUUUUGUCAAUUCCAGAAUAUUAUCAAAUUAACACCCGACUGCACGCUAAAAAAUUCUCUCCGAACGGUAAAGUUGAUGUGGAAAGGAUCCCCAAUCGUGAUUUUAGUUUUCUGAUUGAGAAAACUGUGAAUGCUCCUCAAGAUGUUUUGCUUCUAUUAUGUUGUGGCGUGGGAAUAUAUGCUCCUGGAGAUGAUAGAGUCAACAGUGGCGGUUACCUCGAGCAAGUGAUAUCACUAGCAAAAACAGGAAGAUUGGCGUAUCUGGUAGCGGACCAUAAUAUAGCAUACGGAGUUAACUUCCCCUUCUCCCGGACGAUAGUGUGUGAUGAUUUCACUGCAGAACAUAGCAUGAACACCGUCUUUCAACUCAUGUCUCGAGCAGGUCGUGUUGGUCAGAGCUGGUUUGCUGAAUCCUUCGUAUCAGACGAAGUGGUGAGUACAAUGAGAGACUAUUCUCACUCCGACAAGUCACCCGAUGGUCAGGUAGAGAUUAAGAACAUGGUAAGUGUAGCACGGGAAAUAACUCUGCGGGAACGCGAAAAGCAACGAGCCCGCUAGGAUAUAGCCAUAGGGGGUGGGGGGGGGGGGGGGGUUUCUGGACUCUUGUGAUCGGCGAAAUCUUGUUUUAGGGACAAUUUGUAUCAUAGUGAAUUUCAAUUGUAAAUUUUGCAUCUAUGUCACAUUGAUACUCUCAUUUCUCGAGCGAUAAUGUAUCUAGAAAAGGUUGAGCUCUGUUCGAUCAAGCUUAGCUUAAAUGUGCCUAAAAUUAAAUAUGCGCAGAAAUUGGCAAGGAAAUAACUAGUCUUAAUCAUGAGCCAGGAUCUUGUUUAAAUCAUGAUCCAUAAUUCAUUGUUUGAUUCAUCUUCAUUUGUAAACUGUUGUUGAUUUAGAUCGAGUUUAUUUUCUUUAUUUUGUAUGUCUUGUAUAAAGUUAAUUUUUAGUGUUUAAUGUGACUUUGUUGUAAAAGGGUAUCGUAAAAUAGAAUUCUUUUGCAUAUAAUAUAGUCAGUACAGACUAACUUCAAAGUUUAGGUAGCAUUUCCUGCCGCUUGUAUCUUUUAGAUGAUCGACUAUAUCGACUAUACUGUGACCUGUGUCCAUACUGUAUAUCGUAUCUCAAAUUCAUUUAAAUUAUGUGUGGAUUUAUAAUUAUAU